GGGAUCCUCUUUCACCUGCCUGUCCUCAGUGAUUAUGCAAACUUCUCUAAUGCUCUUGAAUUGUGGGGUUUGGUUUGGUUUGUUUUUCGGGGGGGGGGAGGAGGGAAGGGUUGUCUUUGAUUUUGGGCCAAAUUUCACGUGAGUACCCCCUGAAGAGCCUCCCAAGUCUAACUUAAGUGCAGAGAGCUUCGAAAAUUCUUAGUGGAUGCAUUUGAGUCGGUCUCAGACAAUCUUCUGAGACUGGGCGGGGGAGUGAACAACACUGUUUGAAAAAAUAGUCUGGAAGGGUUCAAGGCAGGAGGAUCUGAAAGCUGUUUCCUUUGAGUCCCUCGCUAAUGCACAGCGGAGGGAGAGCACGGAUGGAGGAGGGCCAACGAUACCCAGGUGACAGACUUAGAGCCACACGCAGCAAACAUGCUUGUCUUGUUACUUUGGCUGGAGCAGGCGUUGCAGCAGGCGUGGCAUGCGUUGGGAUCCCGGUAGUACUCGGGGCAGUCGGCUUUACUGGAGCAGGCAUUGCAGCUGGGACCCUUGCUGCCAAGAUGAUGUCAGCAGCGGCCGUAGCCAAUGGAGGAGGGGUAGCUGCUGGAAGUGCUGUGGCAGUUCUGCAAUCCAUUGGUGCUGCAGGCCUUCCUGCAGCUGCCAAAGCCGUGAUAGUAGGUGUUGGGGCAGCAGUCGGUGCCUUAGUCUGAAAGCUACAACUGCUCCUUUAUGCUCUAGAAGACGCAACGACUCGUCCGCUGGCAGUUUUUCAAUUGCACCAUCAGGCUAAUGCAACAAGUAGCAAGUUAGAGAAAUGGCUUUGUAGUUGAAUGCAAAAACAAGUGGCCUGUAGAAACAGAUCCCGCACGUCUGUUGCUUGUUCUACCUUCUCAACACCAGACAUCAAGUUCUGCUGGGAUUAUGGCUGAAUUAUUGCUGUUGGCUGAAAUGUGACAAAUCAAUAAACUUUUGCAAAUUUAAAUGCC